GGAAGUGUAACAAUAAAUACAUACUUAUAAUUAUAGUAGCCCGCACAGCUGUGCACCCCUCGUAGGCGAAAUAGAACCCUCUUUAAAUUUGUACGCAUGCGCAGAGGGGGUCAUUGCAGCACCAUAUCGCCCCACCAGGCACAAAGCGAGUAGCCAACGAUGCUUGAUUCCCGUCGUACGCCAUUACACGCUGAAAUUAAAAAAGUUUAUCUUUUCCAAAUUGUGAAGCAAUUUAAGGCAAUGUGUUAUUUGAGUGUUACGUGAUUAAAGUUACAAGUACAUUGUUUUCAUCAAAAUGCCUAUGUUAGUUGACUCCAAGCACAGAAAUGUGUCAUCAGUAGCGCCGGGCGCUGCAUUGUUCAAAAACGCGCCCGCGACCGCGAAGACGCGACCUCUGGUGGAACCGGUGCUGACGCUGCCCACGCCAUGCUCCGCGUACGAGCCCGGCGGCUCGCGCGGCAGCUCGCUCAGCUCCUCGCCCACCUCGCCCGCGCUGCCCGCCCUCCCCCUCGCCGUCGACAAACCCGACAACAACCACGCGCUCGCCGCCGACAUGCACCGCGAGGAGAACCGACUCAAAACCUUCGACGGCUGGCCCCUGACCUUCAUAAGCCCCCAAACUCUCGCCAGCAACGGAUUCUACUACCUCGGCCGCAGCGACGAGGUGCGGUGCGCGUUCUGUAAAGUGGAAAUCAUGCGGUGGGUGGAGGGCGACGACCCCGCUCGAGACCACCAGAAGUGGUCGCCGCAGUGUCCGUUCCUGCGCAAGCAGGCGGCGGCCGGCACGCUGCCCGCUAGCGCGCUGGCGGACGGGCAGGACGAGUGCGGCGUGCGCGCGCCGCCUACCGGCGCCAGCGUGUGCAUGCCGGGGCCCGUGCACCCGCGCUACAACACCGAGGCCGCCCGUCUCCGCACCUUCAAGGACUGGCCCAAGAGCAUGAAACAGAAGCCCGAGGAGCUCGCGGAGGCCGGCUUCUACUACACCGGCCAGAGCGACAAGACCAAGUGCUUCUACUGCGACGGAGGCCUCAAGGACUGGGAGGAGGACGACGUGCCGUGGGAGCAGCACGCGCGCUGGUUCGACCGGUGCGCGUACGUCCAGCUCGUGAAAGGCCGCGAUUACGUCCAGAAGGUCAUAUCGGAGGCCUGCGUCGUCCCCGAAAUGACGCCCGCGCCCAAACCGGAGCCGGUCGCCCCGAAGAGCGACGAAAAGUCGGAAGUGGAGGACUCGAAACUGUGUAAAAUCUGUUACGAGAACGAGCGCAAUGUGUGCUUCGUGCCGUGCGGGCACGUGGUGGCGUGCGCCAAGUGCGCGCUGGCGACGGACAAGUGCCCCAUGUGCCGGCGGACGUUCACUAGCGCCGUGCGCCUGUACUACUCGUGAGUGGAGCCCCGCGAGGCUCGGAUCUAGUCAACCGCCACCUGUCGUAGCGGCGUCCUGAACCGCGCCGCGGGCCUAGC